GUCUCCACUCCUCACUUCCUUUCUCUCUCUAGAUAAUCCCACUUACAAACCCUAGCUGUUCUUUUUUCUCUCUCUGUCGUCUCUCUUUUUUCUCUCUCCAAAAACCACAUCCCAAUCGUCAACUCCUCCGCCAUGGCUUCUAGGAGGCUCCUGGCCUCACUCCUCCGUUCAUCUGCCGCACGCCGACCCAGAUCUCCAUUCUCUUCCGCUCCGAAGCCCAGCCCUCGCCCCUCUCCCGCUGGCCACUUCCUCCACCGCUUCGCCACCAAUUACGCUACCUCCGCGGCUGCUGCUGCUCCUCCCCCAUCCAAAUCCCCUAGCGGUGGCGCCGGUGGGAAGAUCACGGAUGAGUUCACAGGUCAGGGCGCGAUCGGGAAGGUGUGUCAGGUCAUCGGUGCCGUCGUCGAUGUGAGGUUUGAUGAGGGUUUGCCCCCUAUUUUGACGGCGUUGGAGGUUUUGGAUAAUCAGAUCAGGCUUGUAUUGGAGGUUGCUCAGCAUUUGGGUGAGAAUGUGGUCAGGUGUAUUGCUAUGGAUGGGACUGAAGGGUUAGUUAGGGGCCAGCGCGUGCUCAACACUGGGUCACCUAUUACUGUGCCUGUCGGUAGGGCUACUCUAGGCCGCAUCAUUAAUGUUAUUGGAGAACCUAUUGAUGAGAAAGGCGAUAUUAAGACCGAACACUUUUUACCAAUUCACCGUGAAGCUCCGGCAUUUGUGGAGCAAGCAACAGAACAGCAAAUUCUAGUCACUGGUAUCAAGGUGGUCGACCUGCUUGCACCAUACCAAAGAGGAGGAAAGAUUGGACUGUUUGGUGGUGCUGGUGUUGGAAAGACUGUGCUUAUCAUGGAACUUAUCAACAAUGUUGCAAAAGCUCAUGGUGGUUUCUCUGUCUUUGCUGGUGUAGGAGAACGUACUCGUGAGGGUAAUGACUUGUACAGAGAAAUGAUUGAAAGUGGAGUCAUUAAGCUAGGUGAUAAGCAGGCUGAUAGCAAGUGUGCGCUAGUGUAUGGUCAAAUGAACGAGCCCCCAGGUGCUCGUGCCCGUGUUGGACUUACUGGAUUGACUGUCGCUGAACACUUCCGUGAUGCAGAAGGGCAGGAUGUGCUUCUCUUCAUUGAUAACAUCUUCCGUUUUACACAAGCUAACUCAGAAGUGUCUGCUUUGCUUGGGCGUAUCCCUUCUGCUGUUGGUUAUCAACCUACUUUGGCUACAGAUCUUGGAGGCCUUCAAGAACGUAUUACCACAACUAAAAAAGGUUCCAUUACAUCUGUCCAAGCCAUUUAUGUGCCAGCUGAUGACUUGACGGAUCCAGCCCCUGCUACCACCUUUGCUCACUUGGAUGCCACAACUGUGUUAUCUCGACAGAUUUCUGAGCUUGGUAUUUAUCCCGCUGUCGAUCCGCUUGACUCAACAUCUCGUAUGCUUUCCCCCCAUAUCUUGGGAGAGGAUCACUACAACACUGCUCGUGGAGUACAAAAAGUUCUUCAGAACUACAAGAAUCUGCAAGAUAUUAUUGCCAUUCUGGGAAUGGAUGAACUAAGUGAAGAUGACAAAUUGACAGUUGCGCGUGCUCGUAAAAUUCAAAGAUUCUUGAGCCAGCCUUUCCAUGUUGCUGAAGUUUUCACGGGUGCCCCUGGCAAGUACGUUGAGUUGAAGGAGAGUAUUAACAGCUUCCAGGGAGUCUUGGAUGGUAAAUACGAUGAUCUCCCAGAACAGUCAUUCUACAUGGUUGGAGGGAUCGACGAGGUUAUUGCCAAGGCAGAGAAGAUUGCCAAGGAAUCUGCUGCCUAGCCCUAGUUAGAUAAAAAAUUUAAUGGACUUCCUCUUGUUCUUCCCAGACUGAUAAUUUCGAAAAUAAUUUAAGUUCGUGGCAAUCAAUGCCAAUCAUCAAGAGUUUUAAUUUUUUCUUGGGACCCAAAUUUUCCAAAUUAUAUGUUCCUGUUUUGUAUGUACUGCGGGAAGUGUGAUACAGAUGAGGGAGCCAAGAGGCCUCCCCUACCCAACAAGCCUCCAUUUGCUUUUUUAUCUGUGUGACAUAAUAAGAGGAGGGAUAGAUGACAACGGACUUGUAUAUUUUUGCGUUGAAUUUAUUUUCCAUUCUUCAAUUCAAUGCCCUCAUCGUGAAA